UUUGGUGAAGAUAUCUAACCAGUAAAUAGUUUUCUUACUACCAUAACGUAAGAUGGUUCCUUACAAGUUAUCUGUCAAUAUACGUUUUAUAAGAUUCGUAUUGUUGACAUUGGAGAUUGUUCACGUACAGUCAGCCUUCAGGCACGACGUAACACCAAGCUGCAAAGCCACUGACGAAGAAUGUACGUUUGAUUUCCAUAUAAAUUAUAUCAUGAGCAUGGUUGCGUAUAAUCGGACAUCGCUUCAAGGUUUUCCCGUGUAUUCCAAUAACGGAACUCUCUUCAAGAGAACCGCAUUGCCAGAAGGAAAUUCAAGCCAUUGCUGUGGAAAUACACCUCUGUCCAAGAAAGAAAUAGAGGAGGUAUUAACGAUAGACGGGAACUAUAAGUUUAUGUACGCCAUAAACAACCAAUUUCCUGGACCAACGAUCGUCGUGUACGAAAACCAAAAGGUCAAAAUCCGUGUGUACAAUGACAUGGCAAAUGAAGCGGUCACGCUUCACUGGCAUGGGAUGUUCCAGUCCAAAACUCCGUGGAUGGAUGGUGCCUCUAUGAUAUCCCAGUGUCCUAUACUUCCUGGACAAAUGUUUACCUACAAAUUCACUGCAAGUCCGACUGGAACCCAUUGGUACCACUCGCAUCACGGGGCAAUGCGAAGAGAGGGUCUAAAUGGUGCAUUCAUUGUUCUUCCACAGAUAGGAAAAGAAAGAACAGAUAUUCCAAAAGUCGACAAUGAUGUCCUUUUUAUGACACAAGACUGGGUCUACAAGAAAAGUGAUGCACAAGCGGUCGCAGAACAAAACUGGUAUAUGUUACAGUUUUCAAAUAAUUUGAAUACGGCUGACUGCUUGACGUCAAAGUUUACAUAUGAUUGUUCUCUCUCGACACUCGCCAGGCCUUACACGAACGCUCUUAUUAAUGGCAAAUCAAAGUCAUUUUCAAAUAGCAGCACUGAGAACCAGAAAACUGUUCCUCUGGAAAUGUUUACCGUAAAAACAAACAGUAGCAACCGGUUUCGGAUCAUUAACACCGGCAUAACGGGAGAAUACAAAAUCUCUUUUGAUGAGCAUAGAAUGCUGCUUAUUGCUACGGAUGGCUUUGAUAUAUCUCCCGUUUGGAUCGACUAUCUUUUCAUUAACCCCGGUGAAACAUAUGAUGUCAUUGUAAUCGCUAACAACACCCCUGGGAAUUUCUGGAUCCGUGUAGAGUCCGACGAAGUCCUGGAUGCCCAGAAGAAUCGUAUUAAGCCAAAUGCGAGUUUUGCGCAGCUCCAUUAUCAGGAGGCCAAAAGUGAUUUUCCAGAAUCUAAGAACAGAGAAUGCAGUAGCUCAGAUCCUUGUGUUAUGGCCAAUUGUCAUUGGGGUUCCAAAACGAUGUCAAAAUGGAAUCCACAUGCACAGUGUCUGUCGGUAGCAGAUCUAGAGGCGCCUUCACAUACAAAUGCUGAAUCACCUAAAGCCUUCCAAGAAUCAGCGAACGAAUUCCAGGAAUUCUUUUUAAAUUUUCACUUUAGCGGUAGCGAUCAGAGACUAGAACGUGCAUCGGUGAAUACCAUUCAUUUCAAAAAUCCUCCUGAAGCUUUACAGGUUAACCCUGAAACAGUCGAUGACCAGAAUGUUGUCUGCAACAAUACCAACAUGGAUCAAUGUGGAGAAUACUGUCAGUGCACUCACGUGAUUAAGGUGGCAACUAAGAAGGUCACACAUAUUGUCCUUUUGGCUGAUGACGGUCUUACGAAAGGGACUUCGCAUCCGGUUCAUCUCCAUGGUAACCGUUUUUAUGUCCUGAAAUACAGUACUGGUGAAAUUAACGAAACCACAGGAUUUACAGAAGGUCAAAACCCAGACAUCCAGUACUCCUCUGACUAUAGGUCCGCACAAUGGCGUAAUUCUAGUUGGAAAUAUGGAAACGUCCCUGGUAUCAAUAUUGAGAAUCCGCCCCAGAAGGACACUGUCAUGGUCCCUUAUAAAGGAUAUGUUGUUAUACGACUUUUAGCAGACAGCCCAGGAUUCUGGCUGAUGCAUUGUCAUCUUGAGACUCACAUGGAAAUCGGUAUGGCAGUUGUUUUACAAGUGGGAGAGAUCUCCGAACAGCCACAAAUUCCCAAAGACUUUCCCAAAUGCUCAAACUUCAAAGGAACAAAAUCUCCAGAUAAAUCAUCACCUGCGCAAAAAUAUCAGAACUUUGUUCAAUUGUCAAAUGUUAAGGCAACCACACAGGUAUCAAAGGCUGGGGGAUCUGACUCGUAUGAAAUGUCGCCGUCAUCUUACGUCACAACGAUUGUCUUUUUAGUGGCAUUUUUCUGUGGAAUUGCUGUAUUAUCCUCAAUUUUAGUAUUUAAGCAGUAUGUUAGGCGCAGAGGGUACCGAAAAAUUGACAGAAAAGAUAAAGUUUUAUUUGGUAACAAACAUUAGUAAUUAUUUAAAGUGUGUGAUAUUUUAGAUACGUAUGUGAACUUGAAAGCAGUGUUAUACAUUUAUGAUAAGCUGAAUAUACAUAUACUUGAACAAUCAAGUUUCCUACAAAGUGAAUCAAUAUUCCAUGAAAGUGUAUAUGUGUUUUCACACUUUUUUGCUAUUUCUAUGACUACUUACUAAGGUCAAAGUGUGUUUAUUUCUUUUUUUUAUUCUUUUAAUUUGUUUUCUUGUUGUUUUUUUUUCUUUACUAAAACUUUGUAUGACAUACUGCAAAAAUAAAACUUGAAUUGUUGUUUUAGGUAUUUCACUACACAUUUUAAAUAGUUUUCAAAUCAGCAGAAAAUUACUUACUUAUGAAAAAUAAUGUGAUAGUCAAAUAGGCAAUAAGAAAUUUUAGAUUUUAAAAAAUGUAAUUUCCGAAUCAUGUAUGUAGUAGAAAGAGUCCCUUCAAGAUUCGAACUCGGGAUCUGAGGUUUGCAAGCCCGAUAUUUUAGUUACUUAGCUAUGAUGCUAUUCAACGUAACCAAUCAAUAAAAACAAUUGAACAACAUAUUUGACUCGUUAUCUUGUAAAGUUGUGUCUUUAAACGUUUUAGUCUUGAUGUACUGAGCUACCUUACACAUGAACAUUUUCUUUUUCUCUUAUAAUCCACCAAAACUGUCCUACUGUAUGAGUGUGAAUUUAUUAUGUUUAUAUGUAAUCAUAAUUGUUAGUCAUGCCCUAGGAGGCCAUAAUUGGGAAAUACAUUUUAUUCUUAUA